AUGUUUUUUCAGAACCUGCGUCCGGAUAACUUUCCUCGACUGAAUCGAGUUAAUCAUCCAGGUGGUGCUCCUACUAAUGCGAAGGCUGCUCAGCCUCCACCAACAACGUCGUCCAAUGGAGUGCCUUCGUCUUCCAGUGCUCAUCCGAAAGCUCGUCAAACAAUCCAAGCGCCAAAUCAUAGUCAACGAGUAGAAGACUUCCCCGCUCUUCCAGCGGCAUCGAAACAGGGUCCGACGAAAUCUGCUUGGGUUAACAAGAAAAGUUCCAAGUCUGUGAUUGUUGGUUGCAAGAUGCCAAACGGCAGUAGAGUUCUACCGCAGCCCGAUGUCUGGCCAGAUAUAUCUGUCUCAACGCCGGCUAGAGAAGUCGAACCGGAGCAGUGGCAAGAGGUACCUGCCAAACCGCCAAAAGUGGACAAAAAAAUCCGAAGAGCGCAACAGAAAGCCGUCAAGUUGGAUAACACUGGUACAUUAGAUGAGACGCAGGAGAACCAUACAGUUCCUUCUGGCUCAACUGCUGGUACUAAAGUUGCAAACGAUUUCAAUAUGGUGAAAGUCACCGGGAAU